AUGUCGUGGACGCUGGUCCAGCUACGACACCGAAUCCCUGAGGCCCCUUGGAGACACCAGCCCGGCCACAAGCUCACACUUGGCUUGUCCGUCGCAGUAAAAACAUUACCGCCCUGGUCCUGGGUGGCUUUGCUGGACGGACGCUGCACGCUGCGCUGCGCUGCAUAUCUGACCGCCAGUUCAUCAUCAGACCAAGGCAAGGGCCAGGCCGAGCACCACCAGCAUCAGCAUCAGCAUCAGCAUCAGCGAGGCAAGACGAGGCAAGGCAAGGACCGGUCGAACAGCCGGAAGGUCUGCAUUUGCUUGCCCUCGCAGACCCCAUUGAACCCGUUAGGAUCGGCGAACAGCAUAAGCACAUGUUCAGCAAGUCAGAGAUGCGCACAGGCAAAGGUGGAGGACAUCCUCCCGAAUCAGAGGAGACGGGACCAGGAUAAGCCACAGUUGAGAGCAGUUCCUUCAAGUGUGUCCGGCCAAGCAUCGGAAUCCUCGUUGUCCAACUUCGGUCGACCCAUCCCUCCCACCAGUUGGGUUCCUCCGUCGGUGUUCCAGUCUCCGACCCUCCAGACGUCUCUUAGCUUCUCGCCUGCUCGUUGCUCGACUAUGCGCGCCGUCAUACUUUCGCGUUUGACUUCUACGAGCGCGUGCCGGAGUCGGGGCCCCAACCAACCAUGGGGCCAACACUACGAGGCUAACCGCAGCCUCCGGAGUGUCAUAAGAAGCGAUUUGCGAGGCCUUCCCUAUCAACGUUUCUCCCCACCAGCUGUCUGCCUGCCUAAGUGA